CCCGCCGCGGUCGGCGACGACGCAGACGGCGGGCGCGCGGAGUCGGACGGCGAGGGCGCGUCGGACGGCGAGGGCGCGUCGGACGGCGAGGGCGCGUCGGACGGCGAGGGCGCGUCGGACGCCGAGGGCGCCGACGACGCCGAGGGCGCCGACGACGCCGAGGGCGCCGACGACGCCGAGUGCGCCGACAAGGCCGAGGGCGCCGACAAGGCCGAGGCCGUGCAGCGCGAGCCCUCGUUCAGGAGGUCACUCGGCAUGAAGCGCCCGAAGCUCAUCGCCGACGAUUGCAUCGGCAAGUGGCAGCUCGGCUUCGACCAG